AUCCCGGAAAGCAUCAUUCUACUUUAUUCACCGCAAAAGUUAGUUCGUUUAUUUCCUUUGAAGGAGGCUAAGCCCUCUCCCGAUCGCUAAAUGAUAAACCUAAAAUCCUAACAUUUGAUAACUUGUUUUCGCCACUACGACAUUCCCGCCAAAAUGACGUUGGUUCGCACGCGCAUACUACUUUGUAUUGGGAAAAUCUCGUACUUGUAGUCGUACUCGUCCUAGAAUCUAAAGCUCUCUGAUAAUAGGCUAUAGGUUACAAGUAAAAUGGGGUUGGGAUCAUCAAUGAGCUCGGGAGGUCAAAGGAAAAGUUCGGGUUUUUUGCUUAAAAGCACCCAGUGGCAUCCUAACAGUGAAAGUUGAACAAGUAAACUGUAAUUCCUGCCUCUUUCCCAGUGGUUGUGACUGAACGUUUUCAAGUACUCCAAUACUUCCAAGAGAUACCUCCUUGUUGGUUUCUCGCAAAAAGAGCGGCGCUUCUUUAACAGUAUACGUAAUAUGCGUGUUCUUUACCUGUCGUUACCAGGUGUACGUGGAAAUUAUGGCCGUUCUUACUCACCUUCAAAGGAAUGAAGAACUACCAGCACCAUCAUCUGGUAAGCUAAGCACCUUUUUUUUCCUAAAAAGAAACCUAGUGGCUUUGCUGUUGUUGGUUGUGCAAAACAGCAGUGAAUAGCACCAACACCACCACCAACAACGAAUUUUAAAGACUUUUCCACGGUUGUGUUGUUUUUGUUUUGAAUUGUUUGUGGGCUUUGAUUACUUUUUUUGGGUGGGUUGGGGAAGAUCCACCAUUCAAACAUUUUAGUUUAAUAUUUUGAUUGUUUAUUUUCGGAGGUAUUUCAAAUUGAAAGGAGUAAACUCUGCUGACAAGGUCAAGUGCAUAGUUUUCCGUGGUAAAUUUUCUCGCUAAUUAUCCCAUCUGUUUCUAGAUUUCCGCCAAAUGAGCGCCCAGACGGUGUUCUCAGCUCUAGACUAUUUGAAGCGUUGGAGCAGAGCGAGAGCUCACAGCCUGGCAGUUAAAACACAACUGCUUUCAUCAAAGGGACGUGCCGCUGCAUCCAUAUCAGGUACGAUUAUGUACUCUUUCGCAGAGAAAUACACUUUUAUCCCAUAUGUAUCUUGUAUUGAAGAAUCGAGGCCUAUUUUGGAGGCAUUUACAUCAGUCAUCUGAACAAACCAGUGCUUACUUCUGCCCACCUAUUUGCAUUAACCGAAUGAUUUUUGACAACGGGGCUUUUUUCAUCUUGUUCUUUGUGAAUAUGCCAAUCAAUCCAAUAAUUUCAAUUUGGUUUUUUGUGACAUUACACUUCUUUACUCUAGUGUUUGCUAUCAUAUUUGACUACCACACGUUUAUAGUUUUAAUUCCCGCAGUCUCAAGGCCCCUGUGGGGUCUUUGGUUCCUUUUCUCUUUACACCGCGAAAUCCGCUGUUAUUUGCUUCAAAGACCUUACUCAAAUUCUCGCAGAUCCCAAAAGACAGGCUCUUUUGCUAAUAAUUCCAAGUGAUAUUCCAUUUGUAAGAUUGCGAACUACUUGGCAGAGCCUCAUUGUUAUCAUUAUCAUUGUCAUUAUCAUUAUCAUUAUCACAUUAUCGUCAUCAUUAUCAGUAUCGGUAUCUGUAUCGGAAGCAGUAUUAGUAUUAACACACCAACACUAUCACUAUCACCAUAAUCAUUCUCAUCGUCUUUAAAAUUAUUAUUGUUAUUUCUAUUCUUUGUCCUCUAAAGAAAUUCUGGAUGAGCACAAGUCAGUAGAAAAUUUUCUCGAAAAGAUUCCUCAGGUAAAUAUUUGAAAUGCGUUUACAUCACCGCUAAUUUUAAACAUUUGCAGUUAAAGAGAGAUGAUUUCUUUUGUGACCAAUAACCUUUGUUGCGAUUCCAAUUUUCCUUGUUUUUUUUUUUUUUUCUGCCUGUGCGAUCUUCUUUUCGUUUAGGAUGUCUUGGCUUACGCGUCGUUUCACUGCAAGGCUUAUGCUCGAGCCCUGAUGCACUUUGAAGCCUUCGUUUCAAGCCAAAAACAGGAUAUACAGCAACACCUAGGAUUUAUUCAGAAGUUGUACAUAGCUCUAGAUGAGCCUGAUGGCGUGGCUGGUGUAGCAGCGAGCAGAAAACGACAGCCGACUCUCCAUGAACAGAUUCUAGAUCAGAAAAGUUCAGGUAUGGCAAAUAAUUCUCCGACUUGUGAGAUUCCUGUAGACUGCGAACAAAGUGUUUUUUCUCAGGCUGGCGCCCUGUUAUCUUUGCAUCUCCCCUCGCGUUCUACGCAUAAUAUCCAGGGCCGAGUUUUUUCAAAGCCGGGUUAAGAUAACCUAGGGUUAGUGCGCGAUUUGAAUUCACAAGUUGAUGAUUGAAAGCUCUAAAUAUAACAGAGAAAAUUAUCCGAGAAAAUGCUUUUGAACACAAGAAAGAGAAACCUGGGUUAAAUUUAACCCCGGGUUAAGCGCUAAUCGGCCUUCGAACAACUGGGCCCCGACAAUACAAAAUUUACUUGUAAUAACCAAAGGUUACGGAGUGGGGGCGAUAACGAUCGAAGGUCAAAACGCUUUUGCUCCGUCACUGUGCUAGUGUGCUUUGCGUAAGCUUCACGUGAGAAGUAGUCAAAACACGCGUGAUCAGAUUACGUGUGAUAGAAGGUCCAAACGCGCGCGAAUGCUGGCAACAUACAGGCGACGCAUGCGUAGUAACAACCUGGACAUUAGGAUUGCGGGCUCCUCUUGUCGCCCGCAACUACAAACAUGAGACUGCAAUACAGUGGAAGCUCUCGUAAGUGGACAUCCUUUGGACGCGAAAAAGGUGCCCGUAACUGGAGCUGGCGGUCGCUGACGGGAAUGUAGAAAUACAGAGUUUGUAUGAGAGUUCAGAAAAAUGGGGUUUUGUGAAGGCGGCCGUAAUUAGAGCUGUCGGCUUACGAGAGUGUCCGUUAGGAGUGUUUCCCCUGUUGGCAUAAAGUGAACAACCCUUUUGGCAAGUUUUAAUCAUUACAUGCGUUUUUGUCAUACUCUAUUUCGUUUUAGUUGAUUUUUACUUUCAUAGAGUCCUAAAAUUUGACAUCAUAAAAAACUAGUUUGUGAAAUUAUGGGAUUUGUUGCGAUACUGGGCGGGAUCCAUUCAACCAAAAUUCCAACCGGUCCGACCGGGAAAAGUGGUCCACCUCAAAAGGUGGACCCGUUUUUUCCAAACUUUUCCGGUUGGACCGAACCGAUCCAUUGAGUUUUGGACCAAAAUUUCCGGACAUUUUGGUUGAAUGGAUCGCGCCGAUUAUAAAAGAGCAACAUCUAAAAGGCCUACUUGCCAAAAUUAGCAUUCCAGGGCAAUUAAUUGCCCAGUUAUGCUCUGAUGACUCCAUACAAAUACUUCUAAAUCUGACUCGGUUCUUGUAUGGAGCCAUUAGAACAAAGCGGGACUAGUAUCUCCGAGACAAUUUGCCUAACAAUGUUAGUUUUUGGUAAGUAGGCCUUUAAGAUGUUGUUCUUUCAAUAUAUCACAACAAAUUCCAAAAUUUUUAUGACAUCAUCUUUUUAGAGCUCUAUUGUUAACUUUUUUAAUUCGUUAAAAUUCGCCUAAUUGCUUAAUUAUUAUUGUUACCAUCAUCAUCAUCAUCAUUAUUGUUAUUAUGAUGAUGAUGAUGAUGAUUAUUAUUAUUCUAUGUUUAUUCUAGGAAAACUCUGUGAUGCUUCAGCUCGUUACGAAAGAGCAAUUCAAGAAGAACCAAAUGAGAUUGGACAUCACAAGGUGACUGGUUGUAACGUUAGUUCUUUUAUGGGAAAAUUAAUGUUGACAAAAGCGUCUUUUUGUGAAGCUAUAAACCAAACAGGAGUUCUCGUCUUCAUUGAUACCUAAUCUUUGUUUCAGAAGAGAUGAAGAGGUUCCGGAGAAGUGUUGGUCAAUAAUCGUUGAAUAUUUUUAGGGUUCUUAACGCCAGUUUGUGUAUGAUUAUAUUGUAUUUCAAAUAAUUUAUGUAUUACUAAUUUUGUCCUGGGUAUUGAUUGUAUUUUCCUUUGUUUCAAACUUACCAUCGUACUCCAAACCAAACUACCCCUUCUUUGAAAUUUCGUUACUUAACCCGGCUGUCAUUCGACAAAAUAAUAGGUCUCACAAUCUUAGAUGUUUAAUCUAUCUGAAAGCUAAUUUCUCUUCAGCGUACCUACAUCCCCUCCCUCCCACGUUGGGUUAAAUUCGAUUCCUAAUCUUAGGUGAGGGUCAUCUUCGUAAAUACCGAUACUUUAUUUUCAUAACUUUUCGCUCAUGGGAAAAAGGCAGCAUGUGAAAACUUAGUUCACUGGAAGACACGACAAGAUAAGCUGGUCAGCCCUUUUAUUAUUACUGGCGAUAAUUUCUCUUUGUUAUUCUACGACCAGGGUCUGUUGCAGUGUCUCAUUGAUCUGGGUCAAGUCACCACGGCGCUUAUUCAUGUGGAUGGCGUAGUCACACGAAGGUUUGUUAUCAUUAAACCUUGUGGCUAGUCCAACUUAUUAAAAGACCGUGAGAGACCAAUCAGGUUAUGCGCUUAGUUGAUUGACAUUUUUUAUUCUUUUUUCGUGAGUUGAAUGUUGCGACCCCAUAAAAUUAUCAUUUCCAAUUUUAUGAUCGUUACGAUGUUAGUGAUGAUGAUAAUGGUAAUGAUAAUGGUGAUUGUAAUACCCUAUUACUCAUGCGUAACUUUUGAGGAACGACAAAAAUAUCCAAUGUUAAUAGCUAAGUAUCCAGACCGAAAUAGACCAUAUUUGCACCCACUGGAUACAUUGUUCUGAUUGAAAAUAUUGGCUCCUUUUUAAUGUUGCGUUGCAUUUAGAUCUGAAUGGGAGCGAUCGUUGAAUGCGUACCGUGUGGAGGCCUCCUGGAGGCUGGGACAGUGGGAUUCAUUGGAGAGUUACCUGAAACUGGUAUGACUAGUAACACGACCUUGUUUUCUUCCUAGCGAUUCAUGCUCGUCUAUAUAGCUGGUAAUAGUCCUUUCAACCUUAGGGGACACUCUUAAUUGGCGGAGAGCUAAAGCAACAAGGUUUUACCAAGACGACAUAAGAAAGGACCUUUUUAGGGGAUUAUCCUGCUUAUUCACCAUUUUCACAUAGACCAUAAAGCACCUUCAAUGGAGGACGAAAAUCCUUUGAACGGUUAUUGAAAACCUUCCUCCACAUCCGUAACUUAUCAAAUAUUCAGAUGUAGCAUAAUAUGCACUUCUCUAACCGCUUGGAUACCGCGAAUUGCUCUCCCCUCGCCCCUCCAACUAUGUUGGGAUGAACAAACACUUUUAGGACAGGAUAAAGUGUACAGGGGUGCACAAACUACGACACUGCUUGGGGGAGAGAAGGAAAGAGGGAAAAAUUGAGGCAGAUCGAAUUAAUUGUCCUAAGAAAUUUGUCCUCCAUUGUUGUUUACCCCCCCCCCCCCCAAAAAAAUGCCCAACAAUUUUUUUCGAUUUUUCUUGACGACUUUAAAUUCCCCGAAAAAUCGAAAAAAAUGGUUUUGCAAAUUUUAGGGGGUAAGCGGGGUGGGUAAAGGUUUAUUUACAAAUGGUAAAUAAAAAGCCCCAGAAACGGUGUUUAUUUUUUUUUUUUUCAGNCCCAAACCCCAACCCUCUUCUCAAUUUCCGCUUGUUGGUAUAAGCAGCGUGUUUUUUAAACAGAGCACAGAUUAAAUGUAGUUUGCAAUUCACACUGUUGUUACAAUUCUCAACUUUUAUUUCCUUGCCAUUUUGUCAAUAGGAAAGAGGUGUUGGUGAUUGGGAUGUUGGUUUGGGACGAAUUUUGGUAGCUGUGAAAGAAAAGGUUAGAUCUCGUUGAUUGUAUAUUAUAUAUAUUAGUAUCAGCGUUACGGGAUGGGUCAAGGCAAUGCCCUUCUGAACGCAAAUGGUCAACGAUUUUGAUACCACUACUAAAUAGGACUUUCUUGUUUCACGUUUAUACUUAGUGACUGUAGUUGGUCAUUGAACAUUCGCCACUUUAGAACGAAAAGGAAACUGGGGCGAGUUAACUUCGCAAAGACUUCUGGGACUGUUACUCGGGACGGCGCGUACCCAGUAACGAUCCCAGAAGUCUUUGCGAAAAUUAACUCGACCCAGUCUCCUUCUCGUUUCUAAAGUGUCAAAUAGUAACCGUUGUCAAUACUUAAACAGUACCUCUGUUGUUGAUAUUUGUCCUAGAAUGAGGCUGAAUUUCGACACCAGUUGAAGGUUGUUCGCAGUCAGCAGAUGGGCUUCCUGUCUGCUGCAAGCAUGGAGUCUGGUUCCUACCAACGGGGAUACGAGCAUAUUGUCAGGUACCCUUUAGUGUAAACGUCGCGAAAACACAAAAGAUAAUUUUGCAGGGGCUUGUCUUUUUUUGUGUUGGACGCUGCUGUCAAUCCGUUAAGACGCCAUAUUGUUGCAAGGCAGAGGUCCGAUAUGUCCAACAAACCCUCUCCUCCCCGCAAGAUUAUAUAGACUGUCUAAUCAGCUUUGGUUGAGUAAAAAGUAUCGCGUUUAGUUCAAACAGAUUCAGCAUUAUAAUCAAUGUUGGGUGAUGAACGGGCUAACAAUGUUGGAUUGUGUUGGACCAAUGUCGUUGGAUGAAGUUGAACAACCAAUGUUUGAUAAUGUUGGAUCAAUAACAUUAGGUGAUGUAACAUUAACAAAUAAAGCGAUUUUAGAUGAUCUUAAACGCGCACAAUAUGGGACCAAGAAGUGUUGGAUAAUGUUGAACCAGCAUUGUCGGGUUGACUCGGGUAACGUUGGACCAACAAUUUUGAGUGAUGUUGGACCAAAAAUGUUGGGUGAUGUUGGAGCAACAAUGUUGGAUUAUGAAACUCUUGCUUUAAGCCUGUCUCUUAUUCUUAAUUUGAUUAUUACGAGUGUUUCUAUGAAGCCAACCCUGUUAUUUAUCCUUUUAGAUUUUGAAAGCUAAUUUUAUUUUUUUUUUGUUUUCUUUUUAUCUUCAUCUAAAGGCUUCACAUGUUACGCGAGCUAGAGGAAGCUGUACAGAGGCAGUUUCAAGUAUCAGAUGCUGCUGCUCCUACAACAACAGGUGUGGCUAAAGACUGGGAGUCACGUUUGCACAUCUCACAGGUUAGAACAAUUCUCGAACAUAAUGUCAUCACGAGGCGUAGUUUAUAGUUAUUGCGUUGUCUUAAGCCUGGUUCUCAUAUGCCGUCGAUGCACCUGCGACAUGGCCGCCGGUACUGUCUGGGAUACUGUUCCGAUAUAAGAACAGAAGUGACCGACAACAUUGGUUAUCCCAGUCUUUAUCGCCGGCAUGCCGGCGGUUAAGCUCUGUGAUGGCUCUAUUUGCCGGCGGCGCAUGUUCUCAUUCGUCCGGGAAGUAGCUCAGACGGGACCGACGGCUACGUCGCAGAUACAUCGGCGGCAUAUGAGAACCAGGCUUUACUAGUUAUCGGUCUGUAACAGGUAUCUAUCAGGCUGUAAAAUGAUGAUAAUUAAGUGAAGCUUAUAAAACGACGUCAUGUUUUUUAGCUUUGUAUUAUGUAUUAGUUUUUGAUUAAUUGAUUGUAUCUUGUAUUGCUCAUGCUGGAUGACUCGUUUGGAUUCGUUAAGAGUUGUUUCUUUCUUCUUUUCUUUGCCCCGAGUAUCCUAUUUCCCAUUUACUAAUACAGUUGUGCAAAGAUGUAAACUUGGAGUUUGUCAUCUUUCUUUAGACAUCUUUCCGUACAAGGGAGCCAAUCCUGAGUUUGAGACGCAUUGUUCUGAAACUCUUACAAAGGUAAUUGAGUUUGUUUUUCUUUAUUGUUGGCAUUCACCUGCGCUGUCUGCGUGUAUUAUCUUCAUCUCCCUAAUCCGUAUGAGAGAGGAGCCGCAUUAGAGAAGAGGGUUAUUCAAAACUGAGGAAAAAACCCUUUUCACGUUAUUUCAUACACGGUAUCCCAGAAAACACAAUGUAGGAUGUUAACAUCACUGUUUAGGGAACCCUGUCUUUCACCCAACCGUACAUCAACAAAAGAACACGCGAAAAAAAAUAUUGUUUACAAGCAGGGUGAAUGUUUUGUGUAACGUAUCAAAUAACAGUUUUUUGGGGGAGGGGGGCGUAUCAAUCAAAGGGGCUUAGUAAAUUAUUUGAUUGUUCAGGGGUUGGAGGAAGGGGGAGGGGGUGCUGAUUGAGGGCAGGGCGCUCAUUACAGGAAUUGCGGUAUUUAGGUAUUUGUUAAGCUUGACUGAAAUCAGUUUGCAGAAGGAAGUGCCUAAUUAAGACAAGACUUCUUUUACCUGGUAUAUUUCUAGCUCAGAGGAGCUGCAGAAAGAACAAGGAAAAAGCUGGUUACAGAGCGCCAAAGCGGCCAGGGCGUAAGUAUUGUCUACUCGCUUUAGUCAUGUUGUAAUUAAGCGAAAUAAAGAACGGGGAAGAUAAAAAAAUAAUAAAAAUAAAGUCAACAAGAAUUGACCCAAAACAAGAUUAACCGGCUUUAAAUUCUGACCGGAGGCAUAUCAUUUAGCUAUUUAAGAUUCAGUGUAAGACUCCUGGAGUCCAAGUCUGACGAGCUGAUUAUUCAGUAGCCUGGUACAGAUGUUAGGAUAGUGUAGAGUUGUGCGCAAAAUGAAUAGUGAAAUAUGUUCACUUCUCUUCAUGCUGUCCCCGUUAUCUGAUUGUUGCAAAAGCCUUACCAUUUACCCAGUCUGUUUAGCGCGCUAAAAAUGGACUCAGUACAUGUUUCUGGUAGGAGAAUGAUCUUACCAUUGUUCUGAAUGUACGCCGAAACGUCUUGGAGCGAUCUUUGAAAUAAGUUUGUGUGUCAUUCCUUUUUCCUACAGGGCAGGUCACGUGCAAACAGCAGAUAGUUCUCUACUAAGUGCCAGCGCAUUCUCCUUACCAAGUCUGUGCAUUGAAAGAGCUAAAUGGAUGGCAAGUCAGGUAACGAUCAUAAAAUGAACCCAGUAAUAAUAAUAAGCUCACUGCGAGUUUCGGUUGACAGGAUAAACACAUCAACCCUCGUAUAAAACAUACAGACCUUGCAAUUUGUUAUACCUCUCGCGUAUUUCUUUGCCCUUAUUUAUGUGCCCACGUUUGUUUUGUCCGUUCAGGGCGAUGUUCAUCAGGCGCUGAUCAGUCUACAAAGAGCAGUGAGGUAGGGAUUAUCGUCGUCUUCAUCAUCGUGAUCAUGAUCGUCACAAUUAUCGUGAUGUAUUGUGUNAUCAGUCUACAAAGAGCAGUGAGGUAGGGAUUAUCGUCGUCUUCAUCAUCGUGAUCAUGAUCGUCACAAUUAUCGUGAUGUAUUGUGUUUUUUUUGUGAUUUAGUUACGUGUUGGUUUGUUCUUUAUUCAUUGUAGUGAAAAAUGGCCUGAUGGUGUUAAAAAGAUGGCCAGUAGUGGUGGUGCAGAGAGAUUUAUCCACGCGAAGGUUCGUAUUGUUUUGAGUACUAUUUUCGUCGGCCUUUUUUCCCAAGGAGGUGUAAUAAGCGUCGUAUGUUUAAUUUUGUGUUUUUUCUCAUAAGUGCUGCUAGUUGCUUAUGAAAUUUGUUAGGGUGAGUUACCUUUGACUUUUGUGAUACUUUUGUGACAUUCAUUCAUUUAGGCAGCGUUCACACGUGGUGCCCGGUCACGGUGUCCAAGUACGGCACCCACUGGGCACCAAUGUGAACACACUCUUUUUUCAAGCAUACCCACGCUAGAAUUCGGGCACGGUGCCGGUGCCCAAGUGCAAGGUCUCGAUCUUGUGCUCGGGCACAAAAGUGGACACCGGGUCCCUGUGUGCAGCAAUUUUUGUAAGUUCCGGGCAUUCCACUGCUUUGUUCUCGCUGCUCAGCUUAUGUUUCAAAAUGGCGUCUGACAGGGCGAAAUGGGAUAACUAUGUACACAGUCAGUCACAUAUCAGGUACUCAAAGUGUGAACACAACACCAUUUGGUGCCGGUACCCAGGCACUGGUUCCCAAGCACCAAAUGUGGACAGCACCUAAGAGUUACAUAACUGGUACUUAAGGUGUGAACACAACACAGUUUUGUGCCGGUACCCAGUCACUGGUUCUCGGGGACCAAGUGUGAACAGUGCCUUACACAUUCGUUUAUUUUUCCGAUUUCAGGCACUGCUUCUUAUAGGCAGGUGGAUGGAAGAAACAGCUUAUUAUGAACCCAACAGGGUCAUCCAGCAGUACAAGGUAGUACUUCUGUGACUCGCAAGCCGUUAACACCAGAGACUGAGUCCUUUACUAAGAAGUGCGCGCGAGUGAACAAGCGUCAUUUUGGCAGGAAAACUCGAUAACCUUUACUAUUAUUCAACCGGAUUUAGCGAGGAGACUAGUGACGAAAACAAGUUAUUAAAUGUUAAACGUUUUGUCAUUUUGCGUUUGAGAGAGGACUUAACAUUCUACACUAAAAUAAUCGUGUUAACUUUACUGGUGAAAAAAGUAAAAUGAAGCCUUCCGAGAUGCAUGAUAAUGAGUCAAAUCACGUCCUCAGGUCUCUGUUAACCCUUGAAGUCCCAAUAGUGACCAAUAUCAAUUUUCUCCUAACGAUAUCCAUAGAUUGUCAAGAGAUAAGGUUAUGAGAAUUAGUGAAAUGAUCACCAAAAAGAGAAAUAACGCCUUGAUCUUUUAUCAAAUUCUCUGAAUACAUUCUUAAAGAAAAUGUAUGGAGAUCAGAAUUGGUAUGUGGAUAUUGGUAAAGUGUUAAAUCGUAAGGGUGGCAACAUCAAUUGGCUCCUGAGAAUAUCGAUGAGUAAUGCAGAGAAAAGAGAUCAUGAGAACUGAUAAAAAUGUUAAUUUAAAUUAGUUUUAAAUUCCUUAAAGAAAUGUACGCAGAUCAGUCUGGAGGGUUUGUUUGAGCUUGUUUGGACCAGAAAUAUAAGUUCGUAAUUAAGGGUUGGUGACAACGGGAUAGUUGAAAGGCAAGGUACAACUGUACUUUCAAUAAUAAAAUCAGUUCAAACUUCCUUGAUUAGGUCCUGUUCUUUUUAGUUAGAAUUUCACUACGUUUUUUUCUCUGACAGGAAGUAACAACUCUACACAGCAACUGGGAAAAUGGUCAUUUUUAUUUAGGAAAGUAUUACGACAAGUUAAUGGCAAACUGUACCGACGGAGAAGAAAAAUCCAGCAAACUUUCUGUGUAAGAACUCUUCUUUCAACGAUUAUCUCUCUUACUUGUGCACAUGGUCAAUGCAAGCAGUAAAGAGAAGUGUGACGUCACGUUACCGUGGAAACAAAUUUCUGGAUCUUGACAGCCAUUUACAUUCCAGAAAUUGUGGUACCAUGGCAACGUGAUGUAACGACUUUUCCUCUGUAUUUCUUCGGGUUCUGUACCAUCUCAUGCCCAACGCGCACUCGUGGAAUAAUUGUUAAUUAAUGAAGACCAAAACGCAUUGCAAUUGGGGCUUUUGAACACGGUUUGUCCUAAUAGUUUUCACGUUUUUUUACCAUAAUUUAAAAUAACACUGACUUUAAGGGUUUCUCUGGAUGGUCACGAAACUGGGAUUUUCUAAUUCCGUCGUUUUACUCCAGCCCCGAAUUUAUUCUCUUUGCAGUGACUUCAUUCCGUUCGUUCUGAAGCAUUACGGUCAGUCUCUUCAGUUUGGUAACAAGUUCAUUUACCAGUCAAUGCCGCGCCUUCUGACCAUUUGGUUGGACUUUGGUGCCACUGUCUCCGACCAAGGUAAAGGAAGAUUCCCCCUCCCCCACCAACACCCUCUUCCCUUCCUCAUUCAUGAGCUGAUAAGGUAGCUCCGCGUAAGUAUUCCUCACCCUGUCCGGCAUUGUAAAGAUGAAGCCGCGGAAGUGACUCAAGUGGGUGGUAGCGUUUCUUGGUGCAGUGGAACCUCGAUAUAGCGAUAUACCAUUACUGGGGUAAAGAAAAUCGUUAGUUAUACCGAGGUUUUCGUUAUAUAGGGGUUCGUUAUGUCGAUGUUCCCCUGUACUUGCUGGGUUCGGAAUUAAGUGAAGCAGGAAAGAGGCUUGGAUUGCGUUUGUGGUCAAGGGAAGUAUGUUUUAAGAACUUGAGCAAUUAGAGACCAAUUCGCGUUGUUCAUUUUAAAAUAGAAUAAUGUGUCAAAUGCCCUGUACUCUUGCAAACGCUGUACAUUAUAAUGCUGGCCCUAUUCUGUGAUAAUAGAGAAUGUUAGCAUUGACAACGAGUGCGACGUUGACAACGUUUUUACCCAUUGAGCACAUCCGUUCUGUGCAACUGCGCAUUCUCAACUCAUUAGGGACUUAAUGGCACGGCGAAGUUGCAUUGUCUCUUUAUUCAACUAUAAACAGAUAAUCAAUACAAAUGCAGCAUGUUUCCUAGCUAAACCUUUGACUUUGUUUUAAGACGCCUUGUUGUUUGCUUUAGCUGCUAAGUUAAAGAACUCUACCAAAAAAGGAUACUACUCUACACGUAAAUGAAUUCUGCCAUGUAAUAUUACUUUUAGGUCGCCAAACGAAAUCUUCUGACAGAGGAGGAAAACGCCAAAAGUUAGCGGAUUUUAAUGAGGUCUGUAAUUUAUUCCAGCGAUAUUUGCUUACAUUGUUAUGAAUGAGAACUGUCUUAAUACGUUAGUGUUUUACUUCAAUUCAAAUUGCCUUAGGUUAUAAUCAUCAUCGCCAUCAUCGUCAUCAUUACCGUUAUCGUCAUCAUCAUCGCUGUCAUCGUGGUCAUCAUCAUCAUCGUCGUCGUCAUUAACUUGUCUCACGUUUAGUAUAUUUUCUCUUAACGUAAUAGAUUAUGGCAGAGUUGACCAAUAAACUUCCUCCGUACCAGUUUCUCACGGCCUUCUCUCUGCUCAUCUCACGUAUUUGUCAUGCGAAUCAGACUGUCUUCAAUCAACUCGAGGUAAGAUUUUCAGUGUAAGCUUACUAAAAAAAAUGGAAUCUAAUAUCUUUGCCUUCAUUCCAUAGCUUUGCACGCUGGCUCAAUCCUUUCGUUCGUUAUCUUUGCACUUCUCUUACACAAUGAUUUUCAUGCCAAGUCAAUGUUGUUUAGCGACUACGGUACGCUUCGCCCCAAGUUGAGGCAAAAUGUGCAGGAAAAUAUUGUGAAUAUGAAAAAAGAACUUAUCCAUGAUAUCUCACAUGUAACGCAAAGGCUUCUAAUUUUCAGCGUCCGUUGCAAUCCAUUGUUGAGGUUAAGCUUUCCAAAUUUUUAUCCGCUCUUUCAAUUCCUGCUUGAAUCAUUUAUUCAGAAACUAAUGUUUUUUUUUUUUAUUUAUUUUUUAUUUUGGUAUUCUCAUAUUGUUUAUCACUUGAGCAAUUAUGGAAAAAAGAUUAUUUUCAUGCGGAUCUUCAACCUCUCAACACUUCUCCUUACCCUUUGUCCAUUGCCAGGAAAUCAUCGCCAAACUUUUGAUUACAUACCCUCAACAAGCAAUGUGGAUGAUGAUGGCUGUUUCGAAGGUAAACAUCAGGCCUGCGUUGCUGGCGGUUAUUUUGGUGUGUGUCUUUCUUUUGUGGUUCACCCCCUCCCCCAGUUUUGACUAUGCCUGUUAGCCAGAAGUGGGUGUUUUUCUCACCAAAUUUUCGGGCAAAUCGUCUCUAUGAAAAUAUAGACGCUUAGCAAUCCAAAUUUGGUAGCAUCGAGGCGUAUUUAUAGGGAAAAGGCCCACUUCCGGUUGAUUUACGUCGUUCUUCCUUUUCUUAAGACCCCUAAUGCUGUCAAAUGCAUGACUAAAAUUUAUAUUUCCAGACUAAAAACAUUUGAAAACUUGUUUUGAUUUAUGUUAUAACAGGGUGUAUGAUUACUUAUUGGGAGGGGUUUUUUUUUGGUAAAAAACGGGUACGUUUCUUGGAUAACCGAAAUCAGUUUAGCAGCAUUUUGAAGAGAAAAUGACAAGUUUACAACGUUUCUUUUCUUUAAUUAAAAUUAAUAUUAAUAUAAAAUUGCACUUUAUAAUGCAUUUUGGGUAAAUACCCUAUCAUCGAUUUGAAAUUCAUAGUUACAAAAUUUUCGUUAAGCAAUUCAUAUACAUUAUGUUUUUGGCGAAAACGACAAAACGACCAAAGAAAUAUGCAGUUGGUGAUAAAAAGUCUUCACAUGCUGUUUGGAAAAUAAGUACACAAAAGCCAAAUCACGCCACAAUAGUCAAAUUUCAUGUCUUCAGUAGUCUGAAAUGAAAAACGAACCAGUGUAGUGUUAGUGAAUUAUUGAAAGUUCCUUUAUAUCAUCACGAACAGACAUGCCCAAAUCCUUCGAUUGGGAGGUACAUGAAACAACACUGGGUCGAGAAACCAUCUCUUGCGAACAUUUUUUCGAGCCUCAAAAAGUGAAGGAAUAA